AUGUUCGCCGCACGCAACGUCACCCGCGCUGUUCGCAGCCCCGUCAUGCGCUCUGUCAUGCAGCGCCGUCUCGCCUCGACCGAGAACGCCUUCAUCAAGGAGCGUCAGGCCGUCAAGGAGCACGCUGCUGCCACCACCGAUCUCUGGCGCAAGAUCUCCAUCUACGGCGUCAUCCCUUGCAUCCUACUAGCCGGCAUCAACGCCUACAACCUGUGGAGCGAGCACUGGGAGCACUGGUCGCACAUGCCCGCGUUGGAGGAGCGCGUCGAGUACCCCUACCAGAACAUCCGCUCCAAGAACUUCCCCUGGGGCAACGGCGACAAGACUCUGUUCUGGAACGACAGCGUCAACUACCACAACAAGGACAAGACCACCUAA